CAAAGUCGUUGCGCUAGCCGUCAUUCCUCUCCGGCUCCGCCCGGAUUGCCGCGCCGCCGCCCACUAAUCCGCCCCGCGCACAGCGGCUCUCCCCCUUCUUUGCACCGACUGCCUCUUCGUCCUCUGCUCCCGACUCCUUGCGGUUCGUCUCUCGACUCCUUUGACACCUCAUGGACAACAAGAGUAAGGUGAAGAAGGAAAUAGAUGGCUCCGUUGCACCUGCUCCUCGCAAGGGAGGACUCAAAUUCGCACCCAAGAAGCCUCCAAAGAAGCCCGCAAAGAUCGUCCCAAAAACGGAACCCGUUGAGGAGAUCAAGGAUGAAGCCAUUGAUAAGGAACUGUUGAUGAAACUGAAGACAUCACAGAUCACUGAUCCCUUCGGGAGAAGACUGAAGAUUGAGAAAAAAGAAGAAAUCCAUACACAGGUUGCAUUUGGGCAAGGGAACUCUUCCUACGCAAGAUCUUUUCCUACACGGCAUUAUUCAGCAGCACCAAAAGCACCAAAAGAAUAUGUCGAUCCAUGGGACUAUACCCAUAGCAAUUAUCCUGUUACUCUCCCGCUUAGGAAGCCUUACUCUGGAGAUCCUGAAAUUCUUGACGAAGAGGAGUUUGGAGAGUCUUCUGCCAGCAGAGCUCAGGAUGAAUUAACUGCAGCAGAAGAACUUGGAUUAAUGGAUCGGUCUGACACACCACAGCUGCUCUUCUUCCAGUUACCUUCAUCUCUUCCUUUACCAAACCAAGCACAGUCUGUUGAACAGCCAAAUACAGGCUCUGAGGAGAAUGCUGAACCUGCAAGCAUAAAUUCUAUGUUGACAUGUGAGAAAACAAGGCCAUCAUCGCUCACUGGUUCUAAGGUCAAAGAUUUGCCAGGAGGUUUCAUGGGAAAGAUACUCGUAUAUAAGAGUGGUAAAGUGAAGAUGAAGAUUGGAGAUGCAUUGUUUGAUGUCUCUCCUGGCGCAAAUUGCAAGUUUGCUCAGGAGGUUACAGCAAUUAAUACCAGAGAAAAUCAGUGUUGCGCCCUGGGAGAGAUCAGUAAACGCGCAGUUGUAACCCCGGAUGUUGAAUAUCUGCUGGAUUCUAUUGACAAGAUGGAAGAAUGAGCCCAUGUUGGGAAGAAUAACCUGUGAGCUUGUUUGCCCUUUUCAGGGCUUCACGUUUCCUUCUCAGUAUGUCACUCUUUAGUUUUUCAGGAAAUACAUGGAACAACAGUUGAAUUGGCCAAUAUUUCACAAAUAGAGGAUUGCAUAAGUGAGAGGAAAGAAAUAGAGAUGCAGUUUUGAUAGCAAAGAUAAGCUUGUGGAGAGAUUUUGUGCCCUUUUCUGAUAUUUUUGUCAAGUUUUCCAAAUAAAGUGAAGGUUCUUACAUUUGCAAACAUGUUUGUUUUUCUUAUCAAAUGGCAGGAAUGAAUGGCAUGGGUGUAUCAAGAAA